AGGAGCCUCUUGUCCUGUCUGCAUUAAGAAGCCACUCUUCAAUAUAUUGAUCGAAAUCAUUCUGGAAAAUGGUUGGAUUUGGACCUGCGGAUGUGCCUCCAUCAGCAGCUGUGAAGUUUGUGGGAGCAGGAACUGCAGGCUGCAUAGCUGACCUGCUCACCUUUCCCCUGGACACAGCCAAAGUGCGGCUGCAGAUCCAAGGAGAGGCCAGAGCUUCCGCAGCUACAGGGAAAGGGUCUGCAGUGAAGUAUCGUGGAGUGUUUGGCACCAUCACCACCAUGGUGCGUACAGAGGGGCCCAGGAGCCUUUACAGUGGACUGGUGGCAGGACUCCAAAGACAGAUGAGCUUCUCCUCUGUGCGCAUUGGUCUCUACGACUCUGUUAAACAGUUCUACACUAAAGGCUCCGAUCAUGUUGGUAUUGGCAGUCGGCUGCUUGCAGGAUCUACCACCGGUGCCAUGGCGGUUGCUUUUGCUCAGCCUACAGAUGUGGUGAAAGUUCGCUUCCAGGCACAGGCCAGGUCUCCUGGGCAUGCCAGACGCUACUGUGGCACCAUUGAUGCUUACAAGACCAUUGCUAAAGAAGAAGGCAUUCGUGGUCUGUGGAAAGGUACAGCUCCAAACAUCGCACGGAAUGCCAUUGUUAACUGCACUGAACUGGUGACAUAUGAUUUUAUCAAAGACACACUCCUUAAGUCCACUCCCCUGACAGAUAAUCUGCCCUGCCACUUUGUAUCAGCCUUUGGUGCAGGGCUGUGCACGACAGUGAUUGCCUCUCCAGUUGAUGUGAUCAAGACAAGAUAUAUGAAUGCUGCUCUUGGCCAAUACAACAGUGUCCUCAAUUGUGCUGCUGCCAUGAUGACCAAAGAGGGACCGCUUGCAUUUUAUAAGGGGUUCAUGCCAUCUUUCUUACGCCUGGGCUCCUGGAACGUGGUGAUGUUUGUGACAUACGAGCAGCUGAAACGAGCCAUGAUGGCAGCGAAUCACAACUGCACAACUAUACUGUAGUCAUUAUUGUCGGUCAGAACGCUGAUGUUGUAGCACAGUGGUGUUGUUUAAAAAAAAAAUCUUCACUUUUUGUUGCAUCCUAGUGUAUAUUUUAUAUUUCAAUUAUCAACGUUAAACAAAUUGUGUUGAUACCUCUCUCGCUCUCUCUCGCUCUCAUGACCACGUUAGUCAUCUGAUAGCAACACAUGUAUUAGAAUGUGAUCAAUAUUUAAGCUAGAGCUUGUUUGAUCAGAUGCUUCCUCUCGGCGGAGAGCUUCUCAGGAAACUGGAUGUCAAAAGUAAUGAUGAGGUUUCCUCUCUGGGAAGGAUCCUGGGACAGCGGCAUUCCCUCUCCGGUCACCACUUUGUUGUACGCAGGGCUGAUGUGUUGUGACAAACAAAUCAGAGACAGAAAGAUUGUAAUUGAUGCAGAUGAUGCACAAACCCCAAAAGAUAUCCUUUUAGAAAUGUCUCUAUUUAAGUGUACUGUUUUAUAUAAAGUGCUUGAAUUUGUUAUGAUAA